AUGCUUCCCGCCAGAUCUGCAGUGCGCUCUGCGUUGCCUCGCGCCGCAGCUCGAUCUGCGAGAGCCCCCAGAACUCAACAAGUCCGUUUUCAGUCAUCCACCGUAUCCUCGGCAUCGAGCAACAAUGGACCCAGCUCCAGCUCCCACUUUGCAUCGGGUCUUGCUGGCGGAGCUGCUGCGGCUGUAAUCCUUUAUGCGACCUACACGAUGACGCCAUCGGGGAAGAUGGCAAGCGGAAUCAAUAAAACUGCGAAGGAGGCAAACAAGAAGUACACCGAAGCUAUUCAGAAACUUCAGCAAUCUACCCCGGACGCCGACCAGACUGUGGACUACAUCAAGAAUUUCUGCUAUUCCUACGUUUCGUGGAUACCUGGAGGACGUCAAUAUGUUGACCUUGCGUUCAAGGAUGUCGAGAAGGUUCGCGAGAAGCACCGCGAUGAGGUGGACAAAAUUCUGAACGAUGCAUACCGACAAUUCCAAGACGUUUCGAAGUCUGGUCUCAGCCUCGAGACUGCACAGAAGUCUCUCGAAGUGCUAUACGAUCUAUCCAAGAAGAUUGGUGCUCUUGCCGGUGAUGCGCUCGGCGACAUCAUUGACAAUCACCCUGAACUGAAGGAGAAGUUCGGCGGUAGCAUUGAACAAUUGAAGCAAAUGGGAGAUCAGUACGGACCCGAGGCCAAGAAGCAAGUUGACGAAACUUGGCAACAAGUCCGGGAUGUCAUGUCCGGGGGUCUCAGCGCUUCCAACCUUGACAAGGCGCGAAAGCUUAUUGAGGAGAAGGUGGAGCAGGUCAAGAAACUUGGUGAUGAGGCAUGGACGAAGGCCAUGGAGCAAGCGAAGCCCUACCUUGACAAGAACCCAAAGGUCAAGGAGUUGGUUGAGAAUAACGCCGAUGUGCUGAAACAGGGGAAUGUCAAGGAAUUGUUCGAGAAGGCCCAAGCAGCGACCAAAUCCGGCGACAUGGGUGAGCUUGAGAGCUAUGUGAAUAAGGCCAUCGAUAAGACUAAGUCAAAAGGCUCUCAACUGAGUGGUGGUCUUGGUCUUGGCCAAUAUUUCGACAUGUUGCCCCAAGGCGGCGAGAUCAUGCCCAAGCUCCUGCAAUUGAAGGAGGCUGCCGAGAAGCAUUCGCAAGAAGGUGAGAAGCUGCUCAAGGAGACUAUGGAGGAGUUGAGGAAGGUGCUCGAUAACAAAUCUGAGAAGGCGCAACAGAUUGUCGAUAACGCGAAGAAAGAAGCGAAAUAG